CUCUCUCUCUCUCUCUCUCUCUCUAGGGUUUCACCUCUCUCUCUCUCUCUCUCUCUCUUUUUCUCUUUGGAUUGCUUUGAUUUGGUGGAGGCGGGGUUGGAGGAGACAUGGAGUCGGAUUCGUGGAGCCGCAUCUCGGCCGCGUCGAGGCGCCACCCAUCCGCGCUGCAAUCGCGAUUCGGUAACGGAUUCGAAGAAUUCGAUCUGCUUUUAGGGUUUGAGGAGAUCGACGUCGCGGAGGAGGACCUGAAGGCGGAGUUCCUUUGCCCGUUCUGCUCCGAGGAUUUUGAUAUUGUAGGGCUAUGUUGCCACAUCGACGACGAGCACCCCGUCGAGGCCAAAAAUGGGAUUUGUCCUGUCUGUGCGGCUCGAGUCGGGAUGGAUUUGGUUGGGCACAUAACCACGCAGCAUGGGAAUUACUUCAAGAUGCAGAAAAGGAGGAAACCCCGAAGAGGUUCACCAGGGUCGCACUCUACACUUUCCAUUUUGAGAAAGGAUCUACGUGAGGGGAAUUUGCAUUCCUUUUUUGGCGGAUCCCCUUAUCCAGUUUCUUCCUCCAAUACAACACCUGAUCCGCUGCUGUCGUCAUUUAUUAGUAAUUUACCAGCUGUUGAUUUGUCAAGCGAUGUACAGUGUGAGCCCUUGGACGAAAGGAGCGUGGACUCCAUCUCUUUAGAGGAGAAAGAAGUCGAACGCGUCGAGCCAUCCGUACCGGACGAAGAUCAGGAGGAGAGAGCUCGGAGGAGCCAGUUCGCGCACGGUCUCGUUUUAUCCACAAUAUUCGAAGACUCCUUAUGAGGAGGAUGGGGCGGUACACCUCUCAACCAUGGCGGCUGCUGCUUUGACAGUCUGACCGGAGAGAUCAUGAAAAACGGACGGCAAGGAGCUGCGACUGCCAGCAUCGCGAGUUGGCGGCUUUGCCCGAGGGAGGGAGGGAGGGAGGGAGGGAAGUGGAGACAGGCAGGGAGAGAGAGAGAUACUAUAGAAGUUACUAUGUAUAUUUUUGUAUUUGGACCAAAUUGGAAGUAAUAGUAUUUAUAUUUAUAUAUAUAUAUAUAUAUAUAUAUAGUAUUGGGACUAUUGUUGUAUUCCUCAUUUAGUAAGGUUAUUUGUGCAUAUGAACAACAACAACAACAACAACAACAACAACAAAAACCCUAGAACUACCAAAAAUGAUUGAAACUUGUGAUCAUAAUUAUGUUUCCAUGUUUA